AUCUAGCUAGUAGCUAGACAUUUCGUUCGCAUUUCUGAACUAUUGUGGAUUGUGAAGUGAAAUAUAAUAAAUUGUAAAUUCACAUUUUCUCCAAGAUUCUGUGCGCUUUUGUGGGAAUAAUGAUUGAUUUAUGAUGUUAGCAACAGUUCUGGCGCGCUUCUUUGCCUUGUAAAACUAAGUCUGUAUGUUAUUCUCUUCAUUUUCACUUCUAUCACUGCCAUGGAAGACGCUACGGUGCCUUUACAUCUGGAGCCUUUUCAGCACGGCGAGGUGUCUGACAAACGAAUCUGGAUCGGCAAUCUCGACACCAGAGUUAAUGAGUAUCAACUACUGAAAAUGGUCCGUGUGUAUGGAAACAUCGAGAAGUUUGACAUGCUGUUCCAUCGGAGUGGCCCCAACGUGGGACAGCCUCGGGGCUUUGCCUUUGUUACGUACAAGCUGAGGCAGGAUGCCAUCAAAGCCAUGAACUCACUCAACGGCCAGGUACUGGGGUCUAAAAGGAUAAGUGUCAAGUUUGCUAAGAAUACGGAUGAACAAGAAAAACCGAAACCAGAACUAGGCAUAGCAGUCCUAGCCGGUGCUAAACCUGAGCUCAAACUCAGCAAGAAAACUGCCAUACAGUCAAUUGAAGCAAAACUGAAAAUGAUGGAGAACAUGAAGGCCGGAGACGACUUCGUAAUCAACAAGUUAGCUGCAAACGAAGCUCCAGUUAUCGCCCAGUAUCAAACAAAACAAUAUCAACCACAGAGCAAAUCUGCUUCGUCAUUCAGAAGACGACACCCUUACCACAAGAAAAGAUAGAGUUUAUUUUGCUAUUGCCUUCAUUUAUAUGGAAGGUGAUGCUUCUUGCAGUUUUACCCAUUGUAUGCUGGAGUGCAGAUAUGCGUGAGAAACUUUUGAUUUUCUAUUGUCUUAUAGAGCAGUUAAAGGUCUCUUUAAUCUCAAACUAUUCACUAUUUUAUGUUCGGUCUCAUCUAAAAGUAUUAUAUUCGUUUUGCUUGCCAUAUUUACUGAUAAUUGUACUGGAACUUGUGAUUGAGGCCUGUAUUUAGCUGUUACUGCAAUAUAAUGUACUGAAUCAUUGAUAUUCACAAUGAAAUGUUGAAUUUAUUAAUUGUAUAGCUUAGGGUACUUAAUAUAGUUACAAUAUUGUAUUUAAAUGUUUUUCUUCAAUUAUAUUUAACUCAACACUACAGCUUGACUUUUUCUAAAUAUUAUAAAAAUAUGCAUAUUGUAUUCAAAAUUUUCUCCUGAUCAAAUGAAGGCAGAGUGCUAGAGUAGUGUUUAAUGAUAUUAAUAAUAUUUUAGUUCUUUUUUUGCGAUUUGUGCUAGUUUCGACGGUUAUGCGUUAUGUGAUUUAUUUUUAAGUAUUAUGAUAUUUAAAUGUUAGAUUAUAAGUCAAGUCAGUUGGUAGCUUAGUUUCGAGAGAGAUAAAUGUCGGUAACUUAGUGAGAAUUUAUCAAUCGGGAUAAUUCUAGAACAUAGUUAUCGCAAAUUUGUGAUUUGAAGCAGUUAUUAGCUUUUGACAUUGUUGUCUUAUAUAAAAAAUACAUAGUUUUAAGCCUUGUACCAUCAGUGUGUUCAUUUAUGUGUCUGUUAAAUCUAUAAAAGUAAAAGUAAUCAACGAAUAACUUUUGAGUACACGAUUUUGUGGAGGCAAGAAUACUUAUAAAUACUCAUAGUUCAAAUGUUUACAGUUACCUUGUGUGCAGGUUGUUGUGAAUAAAUUAAGCUUUUAAAACAUU